GUUAAUAUGAUUAGUGUGCUUAACCGAAAGAGGAUUAUCUACGCAUUUUUAAUAAUUUGGAUAUUGAGUGUUAAUAUUUGGAUAUAUUAUUAUAAGCAAGAAGCAUCAAUUACAUCAUUUGAAGAUAAAUUGAAUGACGAUUCGAAUGUAUUUGAUACACCAAAACAAUCAGGGGAAGAAGUGAAGAGUGAAGAAAUAAUAAAUAAUUUAUUGGUUCAACUUUACCAAAUACAAUUUGGAGUUAAAGAUUUGAAAAAAGUUAAAUCUCAUUCAACAAAUUAUGAUGAGAUAUUUAAAAAUCAUGAAAUCAAUGGAUUAUUGAAGAAAUUGAACUUUCAACAAAGAUGUGAUUUAUACUUUAAUAAUUUAUAUAUAAAGGAUAUAAAUUGGAAGUUGAAUCCAAAUAAAGAUUUUUUUCUUGAAUCAAGACAUUCAUUUGAAUUUGAAAGCUUCAGAAAAGAAAAAACUAAUCAAGUCAAAGAAACCAUUGCUAAAGAAAAAAACAUUGCUAAAGAUGAUGUUAAACUAGAUGAGGAGUUUGAAAAUAAAAUAAAAAAUUUAUAUAAAGAGUUUUGGCUGAAGACAAUGGAUUCGGAACAAGGUAUGAUGGAUUAUGUUACUCAUUUGAAAAUUUUCAACAAAUGUUAUAUAACUGGUGAUAAUACUCCUCAAAUGGUUAAAACUGAUAAAUUCAUUAAAAAUCAACAAAAUUUCAUCGAUACUACCACUACUCUACAAAAAUUUAUAAAACCUUUCCAAUAUUCUUCCAAUGAAUUAAAAUCAAAUCUUGAUUCUUUCACUUCUUGUCUUGAUUUAGAACGUCGUUUGUAUCCUUGGCUAUCCUUUUCUUAUCCUGUUUAUCAACGUUGGAAUGGUGAAACUUUAUACAGUCCUCCAAAUAUGAAAAAGUAUAUUAAACAUCAAGAACCUUUUCAACCAACUAAUAAUGAUGCUCAUAAUGGUAAAGGUGGUUCUAAAUUUCCAAAUUCAAAAUUAACUAAUAAUAAAAAUUGUUUCUUAAAUCAAUUUAAAAAUAAAAUGAAUUCAAAAGGUAUUGUUUUAUCAAUUGGUGAUGCUCAUGUUGAAGAUACAGUUAAUUUCAUUCAUUUAUUAAGAGCUUUAAAUAAUCAUUAUCCAAUCGAAAUUGUUUAUUAUGAUUCAUUGUCAGAAGAAUCAAAGGCAAAAUUGGUUCAUGCUGCUCAAGAUCAAUUUAGUGCUUUACCCCAACUGUUUAAUAAAGUUUCCCAAUUUUUCCCCGAUGAUUAUUUAGAUGAAAAUGAUGGUGGUUUACCAAAACAAGAAUUAUGGUUUGUUAAUGCUUAUAAUGUUAUUCAUGAUGAUUUUAAACAUAAAUUUAAAGGUUUUUCAAAUAAAUUUAUUGCUACAAUGUUUAACUCUUUUGAAGAAUUUAUUUUGGUCGAUGCUGAUACUAUUCCAGUCCAAAAUAUGAAUUUUUUCUUUAACUUGAAAGGUUAUAAAUCAAAAGGUGCUUAUUUUUUUAAAGAUCGUUCUGCUCCUGAAUUCAGACCUUUAUCUGAUGCUACUUUUUUCAAAAAAUUAACUCCUUCAAUUAUUGAUAAUUUAAUGUUCGAUAUCCCACUUUUAACUGAUCAUACUUUUAACUUAGAUUUUUUUCAAGGUAUGGGCCAUUUAAUGGAAAGUGGUUUAGUUGCUAUCGAUCGUAAUUUACAUUUUAAUUCAAUUCUUAUGAUGAUUCAAUUAAAUUUCUUUAAACCAGUUUUGCAAAGAGUUUAUGGUGAUAAAGAAAUUUUUUGGUUGGGUUUUGCUAUCAAUGGUGAUGAAGGUUACACUUUUAAUAAAUACUUUGCCGCUUCUAUUGGUGAAGAAACUCCAGCUAAUGAUCGUUUAAAACCUGAUGGUAAUCCUUCUAUAAGUCGUGAAGUUUGUGGUGCUCAUCCUGGUCAUAUAAAUGGUGAAGAUGGUAAAUCCUUAGCUUGGUUCAAUUCAGGUUUUAAAUUUUGUGGUCAAUAUGAUAAAACUGAUUUCAAAGCUGAUUUUGAUAAAAAACAGCAUUUAAAACAUCUUAAAUCAAUUGAAGAAAUGAAAAUUUUCUAUCAAAAUCCUUUGAUUUUGAAAAAUGCAGUUAUUCCUCCUUUCAAAAAUAAAUUAGAAACUUACUGUGAUAAUAUCGUUAAUGAACCAAAUAGAGGUUGGGUCAUGCAAUCCUAUUGUAACCAAUAUCUUUGGUGUGCUUAUUCCUCAAUUGGUGGAGCUACUAGAGAGGGUACCGACAAUACUCAAGUUGGUCAAUUCAUCGAAUUCGAUAAACGUUCAACCGAUUUAUUUGCUUAUUAUGGUGAUAUUUGGGUUGGUAAUGAAUAAACUGCAUCACUUUCUACACCCAUUCGACAUAAGUCAUUGGUCUGCUUUUACAUAUAUAUAUAUAUAAUUUCCUUUUCUUUCCAUUUUUUCUCAUCUUCAUUUCAUUCAUUAAAGGAUCUAGGAG